AUGGCAUCUUCAUCGCAUUUGGCUUUUCGAGUGAAUUGUUGUCUACAGAGGCCUUCUGUUUCAGACAACUUUCAUCGUUUGAAAACUUCACUCUCUUCUACUUUUAAGCCAUUCUUGAGAGAGCUGGAACAACUUUCUUUGCGGAUCGAUGUUUCCAAGGCUUUCUUCAAGAACACUUCCUUGAGAUUACUGGAUGUUUUUGUCGAUUCCAUGUUCGAGUUUGUUGACCAACCAUUGCUCCCUUCUCAGAGUAACUUUGCUCCAGUUGAUGAAUUAAAGGAAACUGUUCUUGUCACCAACAUCGAAGGGAAAGUUCCAAACGACUUCCCAGAGGGCGUCUAUGUAAGAAAUGGACCGAAUCCUCUUUUUGGGGGACUAAAAUCAGCUGUAUCUAUGUUUGGAAGGUCAAGUCACAUUUGGGUAGAAGGAGAAGGGAUGCUUCAUGUUUUGUAUUUUGAUAAAGCUAGAGAUGGAAGCUGGACAGUCACCUACAAAAACAAAUAUGUCGAAUCCGAAACAUUCGAGUUAGAAAAGCAAAGAAACAAGCCAUCUUUUCUUCCUGCAAUAGAAGGCAGCUCCCCAGCAAUAUUAUCAGCUUACUUGCUAAAUUUGCUGCGAUUUGGCAAAGUUAACAAGUACCUUAGCAACACCAACGUUUUUGAGCAUUCAGGGAAGUACUACUCCGUUGCUGAAAAUCACAUGCCUCAAGAAAUUAACAUGUUUACACUAGAAACUUUAGGAAAUUGGGAUGUCAAUGGGGCUUGGGAUCGGCCUUUUACCAGCCAUCCGAAGAGAGCCCCGGAUACCGGGGAGCUGGUUAUAAUUGGGGUGGAUGCAACAAAACCUUUCAUGCAACUAGGAAUAGUUUCAGCUGAUGGGAAAAGAUUGGUUCAUAAAGUUGAUCUCAAAUUCAACAGGUGCUCCCUUACUCAUGACGUGGGACUUACACGGAGGUACAAUGUGAUAAUGGAUUUUCCACUCAUUCUAGACAUACAACGACUGCUUAAAGGCGGCCCGUUAAUAAAAUAUGACAAGGCAGAAUAUGCAAGAAUUGGAAUCAUGCCUCGGUAUGCCGACGCAGACUCAAUCAAGUGGUUUCAGGUGGAAUCAAGUUCCACAUUUCACCUUCUUAAUUGUUUUGAGGAUGGUCAUCAGGUUGUUGUGAGGGCAUGUAGGGCUCUUGAUUCAAUCAUACCUGGACCUGAUAUGGGUGUGGAUAAAUUUGAGUGGUUUUCAAGAAGGCUUAAGCAAGUAGAAUCAGUUGAUGAAUAUAGUUCUGAUUCAGAGGAUGGAUCGCUUUUUAGUCGUUGCUGCGAAUGGAGAUUAAAUAUGAAAACUGGAGAUGUUAAGGAAAGAUACCUGACAGGAACUGAAUUCUCUAUGGAUUUUCCAUCGAUCAAUGGAAAUUUUACUGGUGUUAAAAAUAAAUAUGGCUAUACCCAAGUUAUUGAUUGCAGUGCUAGCUCUGACUCAGGUAUGGCUAAAUAUGGAGGUCUAGCAAAACUACACUUUGAAGAGCCAGACACUGACUAUUUUGUUUCUGUGAACCAGAAAGAUGGCCAAUAUGAAGAGCUAAUAAAGGUGGAUUACCACAAAUUUGAACAGAAUACUUUCUGCACUGGAGCUGCCUUUGUUCCUAAACCAGGAAGUCAUGAAGAAGAUGAUGGUUGGAUCAUCACUUUUGUCCACAAUGAAGAAACAAACAUGUCUAAAGCUUAUAUAAUCGACACCAGAAGGUUCACCAGUGAGCCAGUUGCCAAAAUCACACUGCCCUGCAGAGUCCCAUAUGGAUUUCAUGGAGCUUUUAUGCCUAUCUUGUUGGGAAAUUUGACUGCAUCAGAAUAUUAA